AUGGAACGAAGCGCAGAUGCUUUCCUUGCGUUCGAUGCGUACUCCCAGCACAUGCCUGGCACAAGAGAAGUUCGCUUGGGUCAAACACGUUUUUUUGCAUUUGUAGCCCCACGGCUUGGCGCGGAACACCUGGUAGUUUGGCGGCGUGUGGCUGACGUGGAGCAGGCUGCCGAUGCAUACCAGGCAGCAGCCGCAAUGCAAACCGGAGGCUUGCCUAUGAACAAAAGUGAAAGCCUUGAUCCGCUCAGCGAUGCGUGCAUCCGGCUGACAAAGUGUUCGGACAAGGCCCAACUGACCGCGGCUGUUUGGCGUUGGGAGAAGUUGGACGAAAAGGAUCCUAACCGCUACUGGGCUGCCGGGGGUGACACCUGGAUGUACUGGGAAAGCUUCUGGGUUCCUGCAGAGGAUGCGGCCCUUGCCACGACAGGCGUGGCAUUUGGCGAUGUCGACGGUGCAAUGUUGCAGCCCACUUUGGGUGAUGCGCCGGUGAGAAUGGCCUCAGAUGCCGUGAGUGUGUUGCAACAGGAUCUUGGUUUCGAGGAUGAGGAAGAAAGGAUGACUCGGGCGGCCCGCAAGGACAUGGCAUAUUCCAUCGUGUACGAGUACAAUGUUUGGGGCAGUGACGUGUCGCGCUCUGGCACAGGCUCUGACCUCUGGAGCCCAGAAGCUCGCUUGGCCGUCACGGCAUUAGAGGCUGUAAUCGACAAGUUCCAAAUCCGUUCCAUGUUGGACUGUGCUUGUGGCGAUGCCACCUGGAUGGUCCCGUUCUUCGUUGCGAAACAUCCCGAACUCCAGUACACCGGGGUGGAUGUCGUGUCGGACGUGAUUGCAAGGAACAAGCAGCGCCAUCCCGACCUAGAUUUUCUUUCGCAGGACUUGUCCGAGAUUCCGCUUCCAAAGGGAGCUGAGCUAAUCUUCUCGAAGGAGACGGUGAACCACAUGCAUCUUGUGGAUGCGCAGAAAGCGAUUCAGCAGUUUGCAGCGACCGGUGCUCGGUAUCUGCUGACAAAUGUGCAUGAAGAUGUAGACAACUUCGUUGGUGCCGAGAAGACAUGCCACACGACUUACAUCAAGUACGAUUAUGAGCUCCCCCCCUUCUCGCUGCGGAAGCUUGCGCGCGUCGUAGAGUACCAAGGUUUGCAGACGUCGUUUACACUAUUCGAGCUGAAUCGGGCAUCGUAG